CUCCGUGUCAAAAAACAAAAACAAAAAACAAAACCAAAAACACAAAAAACGGGCUUUUCCCAGAUCUCAGGGAGCCGGGGAUAUGGAGCUAGUUAUCAACGAAAACUAAAUAAAAAAGUCCCAUUAGAAAACGGGCUUUUCCCAGAUCUUAGGGAGCCGAGGAUAUGGAACUAGUUAUCUACCGCAGGCUGGAGGGCAGGUGUAGUGCCCACCCCGUCCCCGCAGAGAUUGUGCAGAGUCCUCAGGGUGCCUGGAAGUCCCAGAAGGCGGGAAACGCCGCGCACUAGAGCCGCUUUUUUCUCCAUGGAGACAGCAUCGACGCAGAAAGAAAUGGCCGCGAUGGUGGGGCUUAGCAGGGAACAGGACCGGCCCGGGAGGACGCGGGGAAAGGAAGCUGCGGCGCCCCGAGGCGGCGGGCUCGCGUCCGCGGCCCUGGGCCCAGCGCGCGGUGCCCGCCCAGCCCUCCCGCCAGCCCCGCCUUACAUCUUGAUGGUACCUUUGGACCCCAGGUUGGUCCUCAGCACGUCCCGCAGACGCCGCGCCGCGCUGACGUUGACCGCCAGCGCUGCCUGCGCUCGGGCCACCUCGGUCUUGGGGUUCACGGUCUUCGCCGCCGCCACAGCUGCUGCAGAGGAGAAAAAGAAAGCCAUGCGGCGCGCGGAGAGCUCAGAGCCGGCGCACCGUGGCCGGGAGGCACUAUGCGGUUCCUCCGGAAAAGUUGGCGCGCCCGGCCCGCCCCUAGCGUGCCCGCGCGCCGCCGCCAUUGGGCCACGGCCCGUGCGGCACACGCUCAUUGGUUCGCGGCUGCAUGGUGCCUGCGGUCCCACCCCUCGCGCCGCCGCCCUGACCUCGACGUUAUCGCGCAAGGGAGCAACCUGUUCCCAGCAGUCAGUGCUACUAGGUUCCGGCGUUGAGGCUCAGUGGGGCACAGCUUUGCGGACCCAGGAGUUCAGGGUGCAGGCGGGGCUUGUGCUCCGCGCGGGGCAGGGCGUAUGGUGGGUCUCCUCCCGCCCCUACUCGCGCGUUUUGCUCCUCAGUCUCCUUCUCUUGCUGCUUUCAUGGCUUUCUUUGGAGCUUUCUGGACCUUGUGCUUGACGGUGCUGCAGGUGCCGUGGGGACACACAAGCUAGUCUGAUAAGCACUCUCCCCCAGGAUCAUGCGGUGCUGUAAGGACUAGCGAAGAUGAAGAUAGAAUCCAAGGUAGAAAGUGCUGGAUGCCUUUAGAAAGCUGCAGGACUGGUGCGAUGGGAGUUGAGUUGUAAGAACCUGUCUGUCCGUAGGACUCAGGAUGCUGCUGAGGCCCUGGGCUUCCAUGGUAGAUUUGAAAACUCACCCUUGUAGAGUCAUGGUGUCCAGCCUUUGAGAGGACUCCCUUUUAAGUCUGCAGGCGCUGAGCCCCCGGAGGAGGAGGGGCGGGGCCAAGGCCUCCUCCCAGCCCGGCUUUGCAGAGCAGAGAUCUGAUGUCUGGAGUCUACAGAAGCACUUGCAGAACUGAUAAGAAGCCACCCCGCUUAUCGGCAGAUCUUAGGAGAGUGUUCGGUGGAGGCCCUGCAGAUCUGCGCAGCUCACCUCCCUGGGAACUGCUCGCCUGAGCGUCGGAGCCGGCGCUGGCACCCUGCAGUCAGAAAGUUGCAGCCGCGGGAGCCCCGGAUGCCUAGGACGCAAGGCUCUUGCUCUUGCAGAAUCCACAUGUCUUUCUUGAAGAAAUCUGUAGUCAGAACUUUGCGCUGCAUUUUUAUCUAGGGAAGGAACAGGACAAGAGUGUGGUCUCCUAGAAAUCUAGCACUGGAGAAACACCUCCUGGGGGAAUGUAGAGAGGUUGCUGCUCUACAAGACAGCAAGAAGGAUGGAGAACACAGUCAACUAGGAGCCCAAGUCCUCAGUGGAUGAGGAGGUGCAAGCGGAAGACCAGCAGACAGCAGUCACCGAGAGGGACAGCAAGUGACUCCGCUGCCUUUGAAAGAGAAAGGUCUUGGACAUGACCACAGGAAGCAUGGAGGAUAUAGACCCUACCUUAGAUUCUACGGAGGAAAAUUCUUCCAAGGAUGGUCUCCCACUCAGAGCUGAGGAAGCUUUUCUACUCAGCAGAUGCAGUGUGUUUUGAUGUUGACAGCACAGUCAUCAGAGAAGAAGGAAUCAGUGAGCUAGCCAAAAUCUGUGGCGUUGA